AUGUUGUCCUUCCUCCGAGCACCCCAUCCUCAGCGAACAAAUAACGCCAGCAAAGACCUGGUCAUCUACGAGAAUGGCACGUCUUCAGUACAUUACCACGACAAGGGACACAACAACUACAUGAUGACACACACAAUCCCUCCAACACAUCCAAAGGAAGGACCUUCGAUCAUCCAGCCACCGUUCCACUAUCACAUCUAUCAGACCGAGAAGUUCCAUGUGCAACAGGGCACAGCAAACAUGUAUUUCGGCCUGAACGCAAAGCCAAGCGCUGUUCUGAGCUCGAAGGGAGGCAAGAGCUCAGCGGUCCUCGGACCUUGUCGAUACCACAGAUUCGAGAACGCUAGCCCUAGUGAGGUCCUGAAGAUGGAUAUCCAGCUUGAUCCUGAAGACUACGAGAAUGAGCAGCGAUUCUUCCGAAACUUCUUCGGGUAUCUGGAUGACUGCAAGAGAACAAAACAAGCUCCGAGCAUAUUUCAGCUGUUUGUAUUCUUGCAUUCUGCGGAUACACCAUUGGCCAUACCACUUCCCAACUUGCCCUUCAUGGAGAUGUUAGGCGUGUAUCUCAGCAGGCUGUUGUUGAUAGCGGUGGCAUAUUUCGGAAUGUACGGGCUUGGAUACCAGCCAACGUAUCCUGAAUACUACGAUAGCAACAAGAGCAGAUAA